GAAUAAAAAGGAGCACAGGUUGUUCUUAAAUCAUCUUCUCCACUCGUUGUUUAUUUUAGGGUUUCAUCUGCUAAAUCAACAACCAACGAUUGUUCUUACACCAUUGAAGACUGUUCUAAAUCACCAAAUUCAAAUGAAUCUUGUAGUCAUUAACCAUUAACGAUUUCGACUGUACGCCUGUAUUGAAUUCAUAACCUAGAAAACCCCUAAAACUGUUGACCAAUGGCAAAUACAUCAUCAACAUCACCAUUAGCUUUGAAAGAUGUGAUAUACAAGCUUCAAUUAUGUCUACUAGAAGGCGUACAAUCCGAAACCCAGCUGUUGUUAGCCGGUUCCUUGUUAUCCAAGCCAGAUUACCAUGACAUUGUAACCGAAAGAUCGAUAGCUCAAACGUGCGGGUACCCGCUUUGCCACAACUCAUUGGCUUCUACAGAGCCUGCAAAAAAGGGUAGAUACAAAGUUUCUUUGAAGGAGCACAAGGUUUAUGAUCUUUUGGAAACGCGCAUGUACUGUUCGACGAAAUGCCUAGUUGAAAGCCGGACGUAUUCGGAGAGUUUGCAGGAGGAAAGGUCAUUGGAUUUUGAUAGUGGGAAGAUUGAUAGGGUUAUGAGGAUGUUUGAGUUGAAGGGUGAAGAGAAUUCGAGUGAUUUUGGGUUGAGUAAGUUGUCGAUUAAGGAGAAGGAUGAUCGGAGUGGUGGCGUUGUGUCGAUGGAGGAAUGGGUUGGCCCCUCGAAUGCGGUUGAGGGUUAUGUUCCCAAAAACAGACCAGGGUCUAAAGUAAAAGUUGGCAAGCCGAAAAGGGAUGGAAAAGAAAUUGAGAGCAUGUUCGACGAGUUAAAUUUCAUGAGUAGCAUAAUCAUACAAGGGGACGAAUAUAGCAUAUCGAAAAACCCUAGUGGCCAAACAAAAGAAAACAAGAAGCAUACCCAAUUCAACAAUGAAGAAGUAAGUAAAAUCGGCGAGCCAAGUGGCGAAGCGGUUGAUCAGCCCAGCGGUAGCAGUGAGCUGAAAUCUUGUCUGAAAUCAAAACCUCGUUCAGUCAGAAGAAACGUCACUUGGGCCGAUGACGAUAAACAAGUCUCCGAAAAGGAAAAGGAAAAGGAAAAAGACAACGGUUUUGGCAUUUCAGAGGACCAACUUGCAGCCGUAGAGGUCUGUGCUCAAGCCGAAGCACAACAUGUUGCUUCUGGGGAUGUAGUUCCUGUUUCAGACACUGGAAUGCUACCUGGUGCAGUUAUUCCAGAGCCAGCCCAAAUAAAGUGGCCAAAUAAAACCGGCAUUGUAGAGUCUGACUUUUUUGAGUCUGAUUCUUGGUUUGAUACUACACCAGAGGAGUUUGUUGUGGAUCUGUCACCAUUUGCAACAAUGUUCAUGUCAAUGUUUGCGUGGGUUUCUUCAUCUACUUUGGCCUACAUAUAUGGAGGCGAAGACAGUUCUGAUUACGCAUCAAUUAACGGGAGGGAGUAUCCACAAAAGAUCAUAUUAACGGAUGGUCGGUCUUCAGAGAUCAAGCAAACUCUGGCUGCUUGUCUUGCUCGUUCUUUGCCAGGACUUGUUCUGCAUCUCAGAAUUUCAACUCCAGUUUCCACUAUCGAAUAUGGGAUGGGUUGCCUACUGGAGACGAUGUCGUUUCUUGAUCCGCUUCCGGCUCUUAGAAUGAAACAAUGGCAUGUGAUUCUUCUUUUGUUUCUCGAGGCUCUUUCUGUGUCUCGUAUCCCUGCUCUGGCCCCACACUUGACGACUAGUUACUUAAACAAGCAGGUGUUUGAAGAUGGGCAAAUAAGUAGAGAGGAAUACGAGGUGUUGAAAGAUUUGAUACUUCCAUUGGGACGGUUCGGCAUGCAGAGUGGAGCCUAAAUCCUUUGAUCAUUCGUUUGUAUAUGAACUCAUUUUUGGUUUUCGAACAAGUUGCAUGUCUUCUGUUUACUGGAUGAAUGAAAAAUUUCUUACAACUCGCCCUUCCAGUUUUCGUUUCAAA